CCGGGCACCAUGGCGGCGGCGGCGGCGGCGGAGGGGCCGGCGGGGCGGCGGGGCCGGGGGCCGGAGCCGGGGCCGGGGCCGGGCAGCCCGGCGGGGCGGCCGGGGGCCGAGGGCUCCCCCGGGGGCGGCCGCCGCGUCUUCAGCCCCGCCGGGGAGUUCCGCGAGUUCUCCCGGCGGCAGCUCCGCGACAUGGAGCGGCUCUUCCGACAGUACGAUGCAGGGAAAGAUGGCUUCAUUGACCUGAUGGAGCUGAAGCUGAUGAUGGAGAAGCUGGGGGCUCCGCAGACGCACCUGGGCCUGAAGAACAUGAUCAAGGAAGUGGACGAGGACCUGGACAGCAAGCUGAGCUUUCGGGAGUUCCUGCUGAUUUUCCGCAAGGCAGCAGCGGGCGAGCUGCAGGAGGACAGCGGGCUGCACGCCCUGGCCCGGCUCUCCGAGAUCGAUGUCUCCACGGAGGGGGUGAAGGGCGCCAAGAGCUUCUUUGAGGCCAAGGUGCAAGCCAUCCAUGAUGCCAGCCGCUUCGAGGAGGAGAUCAAGGCAGAGCAGGAGGAGAAGAAGAAGCAGGCGGAGGAGCUGAAGCAGAGGAAGGCGGCAUUCAAGGAGCUGCAGUCCACCUUCAAGCAGUGACGGGCACCGGCGCGGGGCUGGGCAGGACUGGGCUGCGGUGCCCGAGCUGGGAAGGCCGUGUGGGCCGAGCGGCCGGGAGCGCUGCCCGAGCCACGUGUCACCUGUGAAUCCCGACGGGCAGGCUCGGGGCCGGGCUCAGCACACCAGCACCAGCCACUUGGCCCUGGCUCCCCGUCUCCUUGCUGUGGUGUCUGUCCGUCUUGUUUGUGCUCCCCUGUGUCCCCAGCGUGUCCCCCUGCCGAGCUGCUCCCGCCCCAAAGGGCAGCAGCACCCCGUCCCCUGCCAGGGGUUGCUGCUGCUGGGGCCCCUGUCCCUGGGCUGUCGUGCGUGGCGCAUGCACUGUGAGCUUUGUAGGGGGGGGGGCUACCCGGGUGGGUGUCACAGUGGCCGUGCUGGCUCGGUGCCCGUUGGCCACUGCUGGCCAUGGUCUCUGUGCCCGGCACACUGCCGGUGAGCGUGGCGAAGGCCAGGUGCCGGCAGAGGGGCUCUGUGCGUGUGUGGGCACCCAGGGUCGGUGCCCACCCCGCGGGUGCAGCCCCCAGGGGGCUGAGCGCCGUGGCCCCCACCUGCCUGUGUCGGGGGGCAGCUGCUGGCUCACCAAGCUGCGUUACGGUUGCGUGCGCCAUGUCCAGCCCAGGAGGGCGAGUGGUGGAGCCUCCCGUCGGGCGACUGAGUCUCCCAUGUUUGGGGGGGAGGGGGGGGGUGGCUGUGAAGAGGCACAUCUGUCCCGCCGUGUCCCCUGAGCAGCGGUGCUGGGGGAGGGAGCUGUGUUUUGGUUUUUUUUUUAAUUUUAAUCCCAAAUAAAUAUUAUAUUUCGUAAGCA